AUGUCUAGACAUCUGUUAAUUGUUUUCCAUUUCCUUCUAGCCGGAUUUUUAUGCCAGGCUGCUUUGACAGAACUCGAUGCAUAUUCCUUAAAAGAAUUUGAUAAACUGGUUCGACAGAACCUGGUGUUUAUGGUUGUGGACCGCGUCAAUGAUUCCAUCACGGCCCAGAGACAAAUGCAAUACGACUGCGCAAGCCUAGUGAAUCACACCGCAGACAAUUGCAAAUCAUGUGAAGCCCACACCCCUGACAAUCAUCAGGUCAGUAAUCCCCUAGAUGUAGUAUUGCCAGUGAUCCUCCAGCCCUCUCUCUCCGCGGGAAAACUUCUGAAUUUUGUCGCGAGCACCGUGACGUCAAACCAAGCCGUUAAAUUGCUAGGCAAACAAACUACAAAACUGGUCCACGAUAUAGGCAGUGUAGCAGAGAACGCAGGCAAAACUCUGCUCGGAGGUGCUAAGGAUGCCUUUUACACAUCAGUAAAUGGUCUUAAACAACUUGGUGACAAACUCACAUCUCUAACGUCUGACAUUGGAUCCUCUUUGAAUGGAGCUGUGGGGGACCUAGGACACUUGUUCACUGACCAAAUCGGAGGAAGCCUCCAGAAUAUCGGUAGCGGUCUGGUAAGCGGAGCUAAAGAUUUAUUGAACAACAUCGCAAGUGGUGCCACAGAUGUUGCCAGCGGUAUUGCUAGUGGAGCAAAGGAUGUAGCGCAUUCCAUCUCCAGUGGGAUAAGUAGUAUUGGACAUCAUAUCGGUCAUAUUUUUGGAAGGAAAAGGUCCGCCUGUCCCAACUGUGACAAGAUUAACAGCAAGAACUCGGAGGAAAUUAUUACAAACGUUUGUGGAUCUGAAUUCAUGUCUCGCCAUAAUGCCAUCCUCACUGAGAUCAACCAUAUGAGAGAUAUCUAUUCUUCUGCUGUCAAUUCCACCAUUAUACAGAAGGUUGAGUAUGACCCGACCUCCAUAGAUGUCACCCAUGGCGUACAGUUCAAGGUCGUCUUUAUCACCUAUACAGUAAAUGGACAAACCAGGCGAUACGCCCCUGCAUCACCUCUCCGCCUGACUGAUCUACCCUCCAUGUCAGAAAGUGUGUCAAUGGAGAUCUACGAGUCCUAUGUGUAACAGAUAAAAUACAAUUUCGGUUUUUAGUAAAUCUUUUUAUUAACAAAUUAA